AUGGCUUCUACUUCGCCCUUUGAGAGGUUCAGCAAAUGGCUGAAGCUCAAGAUCUACCAGACCGAACUCAACUUCUCAGUGUACAUGUACACACCGUGGGAGAAAUUCGUAUUCUGGUCAAUCACUUUCCUCCUCUUCAGCCUGACGACGAUUGCGGCGAUCCUCUACCUUCCGCAACACAUUAUCUUCAUUGUCACACGCGCGUGGUUCUACAUCAACGGGGAGAAUGUCGACGUUGUCGAGGUCGCCAAAGAGGCGGUCGAGACGCUCGUCCACCACCAUGGAAGCGUGAGCUCGUCAACAGCCGUUGCUGCGGCGAAGGAGACUGUGGCGGGCGUUCUGCGAGAGCUAUGA